AUGUAUCGUCGGAAAGGACUCACAGAUGAAGAAAUACAAAAGUUGAUGCAAGAACUAGACGAUGAAAACUAUGCUGAUAGUGAGUCAGAUUGCGAGGAGGAGGAUGAAUCGUUUAUGCAAUCUGAGCUAAUCGACGGAAAUGAAGAAAAUAUUAUCGUCGCACCGGAAUUUCCAGAAAGUUCUUUUGAAGUUGGAGCCUUAGAAAAGUGGGAUAACCCAAAAGUAUCUGAUUCUCCAAUGAAAUUCCAAUUCACUUCGCAUGUUGGCGUGAAAGUAAGUGUGGAGGAACUACAAGAAGAGAAAGACUAUUUCAAUCUCAUUUUUACCAAUGACUUUGUUGAAUUUUUAUGUAAAGAGACGAACAGGUAUGCUUCUCAGACUUUGCAGCCAGUACAUUUAGGAAAAAGGAAACAUGUUUUAGAAUGGAAGCCUUGCACCACUGAAGAACUAAAACGUUUUAUUGCUUUGACCCUUUUAAUGGGUCAUAUUGAUAAAGAUGAUAUUUGUGAAUAUUGGUCGAAAGACGAACUGAUUGAAACGCCUAUUUUCGGAAAAAGCAUGUCCCGAGACAGGUAUUUACAGAUCCUUAAAUUUUUACACUUUGCCAACAACGAAAACUCGCCAGACCGAAACGAUCCAAAUUACGACAGACUGUGGAAAAUUAGAGAAGUAUUUGAUCAUAUAAAUUUAUAUUUUAGAAGCCUGUAUGAUCCCACAGAAGAACUGUCCAUUGAUGAAGUUAUUGUGAAAUUCAAAGGUCGUUGCUCGAGUCGGACGAGUCGUAGCUUAAUCGGGAGGGCGCUUGGCGUGAUCGGGGAGAUCUUCUCGGUGACUGCCCUUGAACUUGCAGUGGGUCCUGUGGGUUGGCAGGAGACGCCACAGGAGAAGCCACAGGUGGGAGCUGGGCUGAUGAUUGGGAGCUCGAUGGAACAGGAGACUGGUUGUCUUUGCCAUCAGCAACUGAAAAAGUAA